GGUCGCCUUCAUUUUCUUCUCCUCGAUUCUCUCCCCCUCCAGUUCCCCUCUCCCCUCUCCGUCUCUCGUCUCUGUGUCUCGUCUUCUUUCCCUUCCCUUCCCACAACUUCAACGCCACCACCGCACUGUUUGCAACGUUCACGCCAUGACCCAAGCCACCCCCACAACCGAUGCGAAGCUCGCAGCUCUCUGGGAGUGCGUCGGACGAUGGACCAACGACGUCCGCCAGAUCAAAUCCCCCCAGGAUGAAUACCAGCAAAAGUACGAUGUCAUCCGAGGCCGCUUCGACCACGAGCUUCAGCUAUCCAGAAAGCGCACGAUUCAACCCGAGAGCUCCCGUAGCAGCCUCGACACGCUUGUUCAGCUCGGCGCGGAGAUGAAGGAUCUCGAGAUCCAAUACAAGCAGUCGGUGACGGCCAUGGAACGAGAGUACCAGGAACGACUGGACGCAGCCCACAAGAGCUUUGCCAAUGCCAUCAUUGACGCCUUUGGGGACACCCUCUCUGGCUCUGGAAUUCAAGAUAAAUUGCGGCUGGCUCUGAUUCCUCGAGGGUCAACGGCUGAGACGGAUACGGCCGACGAGGGACCCGACACAACACCAGACUUGUGUACGGACCUGGAGGCGAAUUGUGCUCUAGACGAUCCUACCACAGGUGGGACAACUCCAGAAGAGACUCCAUCUUCAGGAGAGGCCGAAGUUCCUAUUUCCAAUCCCGAGUUCAAUCCAGAGGAGAACACAGUUCAACCGACGAGUCCAGUCCCAGACACAAAUGCCACUUCACAGAUGGAGCCGGGCUCAGAGGCAACCUCAGCUCUGCAGGAGGAUCUUCCACCACAGACGAAUCCAGCCUCACAGAUGAACUGGACUGCGGAGACGAAUACAACGGAGGCGAAUCCCAGCUUAGAGACGGAUCCAGCUCCACAUGUCAACUCGCCUGCACGGACAAAUCGCUCCUUGGAAACGAAUGUAGUUCCAGAAAUGAACUCAAACCCAACGUCGAAUCCAGCUUCCGGGACAAACAUCGCACAGAACGAGACAUUGAAGCAGGCCAAACGAGCACAUGAGCCCAACUCGGUCACCGCCUCGCAGGCUCCAGCCAGGAAAGGCCUGGUGCGCAUCCUUCCCAAACAACGUGAAGCCACCCAUAACUACGCAUCGACAGGUUGGACGCCAAUCAACCCUCGAAUGCCAUCAAACGUCCCCGCAGUCGAUCCCCAUCCGUCGACGAAAAGACCCCCAGUCACAAUAAUCGAUCAACAACAACAAAAACGCCCACGGCACGGUGAUGAGCCGGAAAGGGUCAUCGAUUUUGACGACGUCUUCCAGGAUGGAAAUGCCCCAGUCAAGUACAUCAUCGCACAGUUUCCCCGCAGAACUGGGGAUUGGUACAUCCUAGAGUGCAAAAAGCACCGCAAACACUUUGUCCACGACCCCGUCCAUGGUGCUGCUUCGCACCUCGCUAGUCGAAAGCACAGUAUGACAAGAGGGUACACCACCGCAGUGGAGACGCUUGGCACUCGUGUCCUCAAUUGCAACGACGUUUUGGCCGAGAAGAACAACGAAGUAGCAAGAUGCGCCUUCAAGAAAAAGCUUGAACUUGCGCGGAGUAGAUGUACCGAGCAAACCCAGCUGCAUUCAGGAGAUGAGGUUGAUAGUGACCAACAGAGCCUCGGCACGUCCAUCCCUAAACGUGUUUUCACUCCUGUCGUGGGCGGGAUCUAUGCUGCUCGUUACCCAAAAGUCAGGCAUAUCUAUCCAGUUCUCAUUCUUCCAUGGGAAAGUCUUGACCUUUCUAAAUGGAAGGCGGUCCUGUUGAGACGCACUCCCUCAUGCUAUCUCUUCGACAUGGAGGUAGACCCAUACCCACGGGGCUGGGCUGAAGGCUAUGAGAAUGGCGGCCCGUUGGCCAGCGAGAGACAUUACCCUACCAUUUACUUUGACGGUCGGCAGUUCCCCGAAGAGAGCUUUGUGGGCUGGGUUCGUGUCUCGAGAUUCACACCCUUUGACCCCGAUGACCCCAACAUUGUCAACCGAUCAAAAGUGGCCGAAUUUCUCCAGAGCAAAGAUUGUCGCCUCUCGUCCAACCAGCACGCUUCUCGAGAGCGAUGCAUCGUUAUUUCGGAUGAUAGCGAGGAUGAGGAUCUGGGUACUGGCAACGUUAUGGAACAAGAGAAUUCCGAGAAUGGGCCUGGUCGCAACAAGAGUACCAGCGACAACGGGGAGAAUACUACGAUUGGCGAACAAGGCUUCAGCCAAGAUACAGGAAACCUCCCUGGGACGCAAAUUCAGAAAAUCCCGAGUUAUGCCAGAAACUUGCUGCACCCACUUCCGCAGCCCACGACAGGCGUUGAAGGACAACGAGCAGAGAAGCCUGGAACUGCCGGUCAGUCGGGCCAGCCAACCCUGCAGUGGAUCCUUGAGCGGCCCCAGGACAGGUUCAUAUCCACGAGGUUGCCCGAGGAUGAGGAGAAAACAGCACUUGCACCGAUGGCUGUCAUGUCGACGACACAGGAGGUGGUUGGCGGUGGAUGGCCAUCAUUCCCCAUAGAUGGAAUAACGAAUGCACCUGUUGAUGUAUAGGUACGACGCCGGAACACACAAGUCGACGGCUGUCGACCUCAGCAAGCCGAAUUCCAGCCGAGGGCUAGAUCCGGGCAGGUUUUCACGUCUUGUUCCUCAGCCUUGUCUACAACAGUGAGGCAGUGACUUCUUUGACCCUGUCAUGAAUGCACAAUUUAGGCCAAGUCGUUGCCAUGUCUAGUGUGCAGCCUGCGGCGACAACAACGCAACUAGUGUGGCAGGCGGUCUGGGACGUUUGGGCUAGCUGGUUGCUAGCAGGGAUCUAAAAGGGAUAAAAAGGGGAGGGACGCAUUAUGAACCUUGAUUUAAUUUCCCAUUCGUUAGACUUAAUGAAUUUAUUGCCUUGAUUUUGA